AUGGAACUGGUAAAACUUGUGUUCAAUUGGACUGAAACGUGGGACCAUAAUGUGGGGGAAAUAGCAACAAACGAAGAAUAUGAUAGCUGCAGUAGUGACCCUGGGAUCGUACUGGGACCAGGAGUAAGGACGGUACUCAAUUCUACCAGUUCCCGCUUCUUCAUCUGCACCGUUGGUGACCACCGCGAGCAAGGCCAAAAGGUCAGCAUCACCGUUGGAUCACCAACCACCACCUCUUCUCUGUUAGCUCCUCCACCACCAUCCUCCCACGCUUCAUCUCUCACUACCACUACUCUUCGUACUUUCGUUGGGCUCAUCCCCACACUUGUAGCAGUAAUUUCCUUCGUCGCUUAA